GGUGUCUUUUGAUCAAUGGAAAUGCAUAUGCUUUUGAAGGUCUUCAUUUCUUCUUUAAUUCAAUCUAUAAGAGACUUUGCUUGCAGCUUGUUAGGACAUAGAACCCACUCACAAUGGAAAAGCAUAUGGCGAUUAUGUUCCUAUUUUUCUAUGCCCAGCUCCCAUUAUGGAUGAGUCCAACGAUGCAAACCAACCAAACGGAUCGGCUCGCUUUAAUCUACUUUAGACAUAGUGUGGAUGAGGAUCCGCUUGGAGCUUUGAGCUCGUGGAAUGACUCUUUUCAUCAUUGUAAGUGGCAAGGUGUGAUAUGUGGUGGACGGCAUCCCGAAAGAGUCGUGUCCCUCAACCUAAUGUCGAAAGGCUUGGGGGGUCUUCUAUCACCUCAUGUCGGAAACCUCUCUUUCUUGAGAAGCCUCGUUCUACAGAAUAACAGUUUUCGCGGUGAAAUUCCACAAAGCAUUGGCCACUUGUUUCGCCUUCGUCGUCUCGUACUUAGUAACAACUCUUUGGGUGGACAAAUGCCCACCAAUCUUUCUCAGUGCUCAAAGCUUGAGAUUUUAAAUCUCAUCGGUAACCACUUUGUAGGAAAAAUUCCUAAUGAGUUUGGCUCUUUGUCAAAGCUUCAAGCUUUAGGUUUGGCUAUAAACAAUCUUGUAGGAUCUAUUCCUCAUUCUAUUGGAAAUCUCUCCCAACUUUCUAAGCUUUCACUCAUGAAAAAUGGGUUGCAAGGAGAGAUUCCCAAGACAUUGUCCAAGCUUCAUGGUUUGAGUUUUGUUCAAUUAGCAUAUAACCAACUCACCGGCGAGAUCCCUCCGACAAUCUUCAACAUGUCCGGCAUUUUCUAUUUCAGCGUCGGUAACAAUCAAUUGAGAGGGAGCAUUCCUCCUUAUAUUGGUGAUACUCUUCCUUCUCUCUUUCUUCUUGAUUUUAAUAGUAAUUUUUUUACUGGGGUUAUACCUCCGUCCUUAUCAAAUGCCUCUAGCCUUCAAUACAUCUACUAUAACAUUAACAGUUUUCAUGGACCGAUGCCCGCAAAUCUUGGAAGGCUAAAAGCUCUUAGAGUAAUAUCCCUUACUUCUAACGAGUUGAGAGAUGACUUCAAUUUCAUUACCCCAUUGACUAAUUGUUCAAGGCUAGAAGCUAUUUUGUUGGCCUUCACUUUUCUUGAAGGUCAAUUGCCGGAUUCUAUUGGCAAUCUUUCCAAUAGCAUUAGUUUAAUUUCUAUGUCGUCCAACACAAUGCACGGAGCCAUUCCUCCAAGUAUUGGCAAUCUCUUCAACUUGUCCUAUCUUGACUUAUCAAACAAUUCGCUUGGUGGUCGUGUUCCUUCUUGUAUUGGAGCACUCCAUAACUUGCACGAAUUGUACUUGAGCGGAAACAUGCUAACGGGAGAGAUUCCGUCAUCAAUCGGCAAUUUGACUUUAUUGAAUCGCUUUUACUUGCCAUUCAACAACUUCUACGGGGAAAUACCGCAAAGUCUUGGUAACUGUAGGCAGCUCAUCGAGCUUGAGCUUUCCAAUAAUAAUUUGAGUGGUUCAAUCCCAGGGGAGGUUCUUGGCCUUUCUACCAUUUCGAUUAUCUUCAACUUGGCACAUAACCAGUUGAGCGGAUCUCUCCCGUCUCAAGUUGGGUCCUUGAUCAAUCUUGGCGAACUGGAUCUAUCUUACAAUAAGCUAAUGGGACCAAUUCCUAGCUCCAUCGGCAAGUGCUUAGUAUUGUGGCAGCUCAACUUAGCAUUCAAUUCCUUUCAUGGCGAAAUUCCUCCUUUAAGCACAUUACGAGUUUUACAAAAGUUGGAUGUUUCCCAUAACAACUUAUCUGGUGAGAUCCCAAGCUUUCUCGCUCAACUUAUAGAUCUAAAGUACUUGAAUCUAUCUUCAAACAAGCUUGAAGGAGAAGUUCUGAAGCAAGGAGUAUUUCUCAAUGCUAGUGCAGUGUCUAUCUUAGAGAAUGGGAAUCUUUGUGGAGGUAUUGCAGAACUAAACCUUCCUUCUUGCAAAUCGAAUACCUCUAAACCAUUAUGGACCAGCAAAGUUAGAGUAAUUGCCACAGUGACGGCUGUCUUGUCAUACUUCAUUAUGUGUCUUUGCCUGUUUAUCUUUUGGUAUCGGAGAAAGAAGUUGAAAAAGAAUACCUCUUCGAUUGAAUUUCCAUUUAAACACAAAUUUUCGAUGGUCUCUUAUGAGGAGCUCUUUAGAGCCUCAGACGGAUUCUCUGAGAGCAAUGUGAUUGGUAAAGGGAGAUAUGGUACUAUCUAUAAAGCAACCACACAAGAAGGCGGCUUGGUGGCGGUUAAAGUGCUCAACUUGGGCCACAUAGGUGCUUCGAAGAGCUUCGUCUCGGAAUGUCGAACCUUAGGGGCUAUACGACAUCGAAAUCUCAUGAAAAUAGUGAAUGUUUGUUCAAGUGUGGACUAUCAUGGCAACGAUUUCAAAGCUCUAUUGUACGAAUACAUGGCUAAUGGGAGUUUAGAGAAUUGGAUACACCAAGGAAAUGAAGAGGAUGUUGAGCAUGAACAUGAACAUGGAAAGCCAGGGCAUUUGGGACUAAUGCAAAGGUUAGACAUUGCCAUUGACAUAGCUUCCGCAAUCGAAUAUCUUCACGAGGUUUGUAGCCCAAAGAUUGUACAUGGAGAUCUGAAACCAAGUAACAUCCUUUUGGACAACAAGAUGAUGGGACGUGUUGGGGAUUUUGGGCUGGCGACAGUUAGCUCCCCUACGAAAACAAACGCCAUGGACAUUGAUGACAAUGGUAGCUCAUUAGUAGUGAGGGGUUCCGUAGGUUACAUACCUCCCGAGUAUGGCAUGGGGGAUAUGGUAUCCACACAAGGCGAUAUGUACAGCUACGGUAUACUUUUAUUGGAAAUGUUAACUAGGAGGAGACCCACGGAAAAGACUUUCAAGGACCAUUCAAAUCUCCACAACUUUGUUAAGGUGGCUCUGCCAGACCGAGUGAUGGAGAUUGUGGACUCGGCCAUUUUUAACGGAGAAAGUGAGAAUGACAUUGAGAGGAUGAGAGGAUGCGUUGCCUCCGUCCUAAGAAUUGGAGUUGCAUGCUCGAUGGAGUUACCACAAGAUCGGAUGGAUGUGGCCGAAGCUCUCAAGGAACUGCAUAAGAUUCAGGCUAGGUAUGGAUCCAAGUAG